CUUGGACUCUUCCACGCCAAAUACUUCUCGAUCAAUCGCAUCAAAUCACUGGUCAACGAGCGGGAUUUCACCAGUUUCUCAACCCACGUUCCCAUCUUCCUGCCUUCCCUCGUCAUCCUGCAGCUGUUCCAAGAUUGGCAUCCUACACGAGAGAAAAAGACCCUCUUACCAGCUCCCAAGGGGACUUCUAUCCUCUGCAAGUUGGCCAGAUUCCCCAACUGUGCCCCCUCGAUACUUUCUGGACGCGUCACUUGAAAGAAGUUGACGACGAUGUUGCGACAACGUCCAUAGCCGUCCUUCCCGCAUAUGACGGCACCUCUCCUCGUUUCCCUCAUCAUCCGUCGCCAUGAGUUCUCUUCUUCACCCUCUCCAUAGCGCGAGCCAAAAGUGCCGGCCUAAGCACCAAGUUCUGGUUCUCAAAUGCUAUCCGCAAUACCAGAAAACCGUGCAGGAAGUCAAACCGAACUCUUCCGAGCUGAGCUACCUCCUAUACUAUGCAAGCACACGCCGAAGUAAGCUGCAAAAGGUGGGCGCAUUCUUGGAAAAGAAAAACGCCCACGAUGUCUGGAAAGGAAGACUCGGCAAUGUUCAAGUCACGCUGCAAAUCCUUACCGCCAUCAUUGAAAAAGCCCCCCGCGACCUGUCCCUAUACUCCGCCUCCGUUCUAACCAUCCUGGGGACCGUUCUGCGCUCAAAGGACAUCAACAUGGUGGAAGAGACGGUGCCGACGUUCGAGGCGUACUGUAAACAUGUCGAUUCUGCCUCACUGACGGCCGACCAGCAACGUGCGCAACAAUACUUGUCUAUUGUGCAGCUGUAUGCCGGUUACGCAGAAAAGCAGAAACCGGCUGGCAGGAGAAACGCUGAUUCCAUACCUUUAUCCCUAAGAUGGCGGACAGUCGGUUUACGAGCUAUACGAGCCGUAGUGGCUUCAGAUGCCCUGGCUACGGAUUCCAGUCAGCAGCUGAACCUGGUCAUGCCUGUCAUCCUCGAGAACAUGUCGCUGGAGGCCGAAGAUAUUUUGUCACACCUACAAGAGAGAGCGAGGACGUCGGAGAAGUUCGAGGACGAAAUAGCGAGAAGGCGAAGGAUCAGCUUGUCCACUGUCACAACGGUGGACACGACCGAUGGUGAUCCGGCUACGGCUGUUGAGACUACGGCUGGUGCAGACAAGGUGGCCGAAGAAGAGGUUAGAGCGUUGGCAUUACGAUGCCUAAAGCAAAUCUUUUCAAUAGGUAUUGGCAGCACCAGAGGACAGACGAGGUUGGCCACCGCUUUGACGCUGAAGUUUAUCGCUUCAAAAAACCCGCCUCGACCGAAUCCAGAGAUCGUAGGCCAGGGUACCUGGGCUACUUCACUUUUUGAAGCCAUCGCGCGUUGGACACCCGUGCAAGAUCGUUUCAUCAUCUUGAUCACAGCCAUGGAAACUCUAGUUCGAACGCCUGUUGCGGAAAAUUUGCUCGAGAAGCAACUGGUUCUGGCCACCAUGAUCGACUGGCUCCUAAGCUCGUCCGUUAACCUGAUUGGACUGAGCGUUAUGGAUGUCUUGCUUGGAUUCAUUCAACACAUGCUGCUCUUGUUACAACUAGGCGGUCCUAACCCGCGUAUCAGGGCAUCCCAUCCGAAUGACACCAUGGGGUUUUCUAGAGAAACAAGAGAAGCCUUUGACCCGAGCACGGUCCUGACAGCUACUGAGCUCGAUCGAACACCUUCCAAGGUCGAACUUGCUGCAUCGCCCACCCGCAAGGAGCUUUUGGUGAGGCUGCAAAAAUGCAUCGCUUCUCUGUCCAACCACAUUUACUAUACCGACCAGAUCAGUGACAUGAUCACUGCUAUCUUAGCCCGUUUGAAGCCUUCACCUCAAUCGGAGGUUCCGACGAUAGCCGCUGCAAUCGACGAUCCAGCCGCAGCUACAAAAGCGAUAGCUGAAUCAGCAAGUGUCCACGAAGAUCCAAACACCUCGUCCUUUUUCUCAUUCACAACGGCCAGAGUGGCGGCCCUACAAGUCAUCCAAGCCAUUUUAAUCCGCGCCAAUAGUAAGAGGAGCGUCACCGGUGGCCCGAUAGAAGCGCGUGCACGGGUGGGUGUGCAGGUUUGGGAGGGUACGCAAUGGCUUCUCAAGGACGAGGAGAAGGAGGUCCGCUUUGCUUAUGUCGAAGGCUUGUUGACUUGGCUGAAGCUGGAGACCAACAAAUCCGAUACGUUGCUACCAAAGAACGGCUCACGAAAACAUACUCCGAACAAGAAGCAAGGAGUAAGCGAAAACCUGGCAAAACGAGCCGUUUCUGGCGCCUCGCGGAAGGAACCAAAGCCUAAUAGAUCGACCUUCGUGACCUUUCUGCACCUGGCCAUUUAUGACAGUAUUCUGGACGAUGCUGAAGACGAAGCCAAUCUUCUCCUCCUUCAUCUUCUGCUGACAAAGUUGGUAGACCGGCUCGGGGUGAACUCGGUGCGGAGCGGUCUACCUAUGAUGUUGAGGCUUCAGGAGACUGCCUUGAAUGGGGAGGUCAUUUCGGCCACUGGAAGGGUCAAUGUUGCCAGCGUUGUUCAGAGCUAUCUAUGGACUCUGGCGUCAAAGUUUGACUUUGAGAUGAGUCCUGUUGGCUAUGAAAUCAAUGGUGAAAUCUCUCGCAGAAAACGGUUGAGCAUCUGGUGUGAGAAGGUCAAAUAUCCAGCUGCGGGCAUUGAUGAAAUACGCAACAACUCCUCUUUGGACGAGAAACAGCCGCAAUACUCCGAAGAAAGCGUCGACACGUUGAAACCGUUCCUGUCAGUGACUGAGUUAGUCAAUGAGAUCGCAACGUCUUACGACAAGUCUCUGUUGACCCCCCCGAGCUCUGCACCAUCAUCACCAGGCCGUGUCUUUUCCGUUCCAACUCUCGGUUUUGGCUAUGGCUACGGCGCUGCCCCAGUGUCUAAGCCUUCCAAAGAGGAGCAACUACCCGAAAAAGUCAAGGAAGAAAUGGCCGCUGGCUGGAGUAGAGAAGCAUGUAUUGCAGCCGUCGAGAAGGAAAGCGCCACAUCCAUGACAGGAUCAAGAACAGGUGGUUCUUCCCUUCCCAGGUAUCAUCUCGGCGUAAAUGGAGCACGCAAUCACGGUUCCGUCAGUGGCCAGGAGUCCCCAGUCAACGCCAAUGGCAGUACUACCCCGACAUAUGGCCUGGCAAGUGGCCUAGGCACCCUGACAAAAGCGCGAAGGCCCAGCGCCAACGGGUCCCCCACCCGAGUCCCUACGACAUCGAGCCGAGAUUCUACCAUGAGGGUGACAGAUCUCAAGAGAGCCCUCUCUGGCUACGCCGCCGGGGGACGACGACAGAGCCCCUUGAGAAAGCCGCUCACCGGGUCACGACGAAGUACACGGAGCAGUAUGACCAGCAGUAUGGUCAGUUGGGACGAGGCGGAUGACAGGAAUCCGUCGUUUCUUGAUGUGAGGACUGGAGGUGGACUCAGUAACUCUGUCAAUCAGGUUUCGGGCGGUCCACGACCACCAACGUCUACAUCUACCAAAACCGAGGGAGAUAGGGAUGGAAGUGUACACAAUGCCGUAACGCUUCCUGCGACUGACCCUGGGCUUCGCAACGACAUAGACAUCCCGCCUGUGCCCAAGAUUCCUUCGUCACUGAACCUCCCUGGGACAUGGCCUCGCGAUAUAUCUCCCGCCCGCACUGAUGAGCCUCAUCUCGGAAAAACCUCAUCUUUGUCACAGGAACACGACGCAACUCCUCAGUCGAAGCGUGCCACCAGUGGUACAUAUUCGACAUCGUCUGCAGCAGGAAAACAGAGCAUCCUAAAGUCUUCGCGCCCCACAAGUCGGAAAGGUGCCAGCCCGACCAUCGGUUCAGUGAAUGGACGAUUUGACUUGAACUCCUUAUUGGCCGAAAUCCCCUCCGCCACGGAAGAACGUGAGGAGGGACCUACAGACAAUCGAACCAGUCGCCAGAUCAGACCUCCUUACUAAUAACUUGGUUCACAUACAGAAGAUAUGAGGAUAAAUGUAAUUCUAGUUCUUAUCAUACGAGCAUUGUACACCAUGGGUUUGGAGCAUCAUGUGUACCUUUUUUCCUUGAUCUUUUCAAGCUUGGUGUCGUAGUAUUUUGAGCGAUGAUUAUGAAGUUCGGGGCUGCGUGUGUGCUCUUUAUUUGGUUUGGAACACUUGGACUUGUUCAUGAAUCAUAGUAUAGAACUGAUGGUAGAUAAAAUGAACGAGAUAUAUACUUGUCGUUCAAAGUCGUAUUCUG